CUGAGGGCCGCGAACGAAUUGUUCAUAUAACGCGUCAUUCCCUCCGCGAAUCCAUCUCCCUGCGGGUAGUAAGCCGACGAUUAGAUCUUUUGGAUCUUAAAGCAGUCGCACAACGAUUCAACUCGGUUGAUGGCGUCCUUGGCUUUUACCCGUUAAGGGUCCGAAAGGGCGUCGGUUCGAAUCCCACCCUUGUCAAUGUUGGCUCACCCAAGCUCUCGAAUUCGAAAUUACUAAGCGAACGCUCUGCCCACAACCUAAGAAGACUGACGACUGCUGAGGCUACUUCACAGAUUGCAGACGCUGUUGACAGCUGCCCUGCACACACGCAACAAGCUUCUCAACAAGCAGAGCAACACGUGGAAGAAACAUUGUUCAGUGACAAAAAGCCAGCCGCAGUUAUCGAGGGGUGGUUCAAGGAAGCCUUCUACCGGAAUCGCACCUGGGACCUUUCGCUUACUAGACGAAUGCUCUGCGCCUAA